AUGCAUCUUACUUUAAAAUUUUUGAAUCAGCAACCUAAAAAGUUCGCAAAAAGAUUGGCCAAGCAAAUUGCCGAUUACGCUGCUGGUUCUCUUAUGGCUAAGAAACAAAUUAACAUCCCAGACUCCGAUACACUUAUUGAUCGGUUAAAACUUGAGGAUUUAUUGAAAAGGCGUUUCUUUUAUGAUCAAAGUUUUGCAAUCUAUGGAGGCGUUGGAGGACUUUAUGAUUACGGCCCGAUGGGGUGUGCUCUUAAACAAAAUAUGAUCCAGCUAUGGAGGACUCAUUUUAUUUUGGAGGAAGCCAUGCUGGAAGUUGAAUGUUCAUCUUUAACGCCGGAAAGUGUGCUGAAGGCUUCUGGACAUGUUGAUCGAUUUGUUGAUUGGAUGGUGAAAGACAAGGUGACUGGCGCCUGUUUUCGUGCAGAUCAUUUGAUAAAAAAUCAUGCAGAAGCGAUCAUUAAGGACAAAAAAGCACCUGAAAAUAUAAAGAAGGAACUCGAAAACGUCCUUAUUCGUUUGGAUGGAAUGAGUUGUGCCGACUUGGGUGAAACUAUUCGGAAAUAUGACUUUAAAUCACCGCUCACUGGAAAUGAUGUUACCGAGCCUGUAUCUUUCAAUCUAAUGUUUCCUACACAGAUAGGGCCAACAGGCGAUUUUUCUGCAUUUUUGCGCCCUGAGACUGCGCAGGGAAUUUUCAUUAAUUUUAAGAGACUGCUUGAAUUCAAUCAGGGUAGACUUCCCUUUGCUGCUGCUCAAGUUGGAACUGGAUUCCGAAAUGAAAUCUCGCCUAGACAAGGACUUGUCCGUGUUCGUGAAUUUACAAUGUGCGAGAUUGAACAUUUUGUCGAUCCGUCUGAUAAGAAUCACCCAAAAUUUGAGAAGGUUGCCGACGUUGAAUUGACACUAUUCUCAGCAUGUAAUCAGUUGAAUGAGAAAGGAACAGAAAAGGAUUGUUGGGAUGCUGAAUGUUUAACUACUCACGGAUGGAUUGAAAGUGUUGGCAUUGCUGAUCGGUCAUGUUAUGAUUUGCAUCAGCAUUCAAAAGCUACUGGAGUCAAAUUAGUUGCUGAGAAAAAACUUGCCGAAUCAAAACAAGUUGAUGUUGUAGAAGCAGUGCCUAAUAAAGCUGCUAUUGGAAAGUUGUUCAAGAAUGAGUCUAAGAAGAUAAUUGAUUUACUAAAGAAUUUAUCUCUAGAGCAACUCGAUGAAUUGGAGGAUUCGCUUAAAACUAAUGGGUUACUUUUAAACUUUACUUCUAAAAAUCAUUUAAUUUUUAGAAAAUAUUCUGUAAAAAUUUCUGAUGAUAAAACAAUCGAAUUGGACUCUACGCAUGUUGAAGUUAGGAAAUAUUUAAAAACUGUUCACGUGGAAGAUGUUACUCCAUCAGUCAUAGAGCCUUCAUUUGGUAUUGGUCGAGUGAUGUACGCCGUCUUGGAACAUUCAUUUAGACAAAGGGAAGGUGAUGAAAAGCGUUCGUAUCUUGAAUUGGCGCCAAGUAUAGCUCCUAUAAAGUGCUCGAUUCUUCCUAUAAGUUCAAACAAGCGAUUAGACCCAAUAAUUCAAGCAGUUCGAGAAGAGCUUACAAGUCGGGAAAUCAGUUCAAAAAUUGACGAUAGUAUGGGCUCAAUUGGAAGGCGGUAUGCGCGAACUGAUGAAAUUGGUAUUCCAUUUGGUGUGACAGUUGAUUUUGAUUCGGAGGUCGAACCAUGGACUGUUACUUUACGUUACUGA